ACAGUGUUGAACAGAGCAGCGAAAAGAAAGAGAAAUGAAGAACGAAUAGAUCAAAGGACAAUAAGAAAGUUGAAGUAAGAAAAGAGGAAACGCAGGAAGACAGAAGUCUUGGGUGUUUCGGAGUGUUGAGCACCGGCAUGACAAAGGACAGGCGACAGACCAUUGGCGCUACAGUGGUCUAAAGUUUUUCUGGACAGUGACAGACAUUUCCCUGUCUUUCUUCAGCGCUGGACACAGACCCUCAGCAUUAACCAGCAGGUCCAGCCGCUUGUGACUAUCAGUCCAUCCAUGGCUGACCCCUCCCCCGGCUGGUGGAAGCUGACCUUCCUGCGCAAGAAGAAAUCAGAGUCCAAGGUGCUCUACGAGAUUCCGCCAGAGCUUGGUAGCAACACUGGCAACAAGGACUCCAGUACCCCCUCAAAUGGCAACCCUGAGGACAGCCAGUUCAACGCACGGUUAGAGAAGAUUGUGGAUAAAACGGCAACCAAGGGCCGCCAUGUGAAGGUUUCACACUCUGGUCGCUUUAAAGAGAAAAAGAAGAUCCGUGCCACCCUGGCUGAAAACCCUAACCUCUUCCCAGAGCACGCUCUGAGUGAUGAAAACCACAGGGCUGAAAAAUAGUACACACACACACACACACACACACACACACACACACACACACACUUAGGGAGACAUGCUGUAUCUCACCUCUCUCUGUCCCUCACUUUCUCUCCUGGGUAGACCCCUCCAUACACACAGAGUAAUAUAUAAACUGAAAAAUGUAGAAAAUAUACUUAUUCAGUACACACCAGUUUGUACACAUCUAUUUCUAUCGAUUUUAUUGGUUCAUCUAUAUAUCUUCAUUCAUUUGUGUAUAUGUCAUUGACCACUUUAUUAGGUAGACCUGUACACCAGCUCGUUAAUGAAAUAUUUAAUCAGCCAAUCAUGCGGCACCAACUCAAUAAAAGCAUACAGAUGGUCAAGAGGUUCAGUUAUUCUUCAGACCAAACAUCAGAAUGGGGAAGAAAUGUGAUCUAAGUAACUUGGAUGAUUGUUGGUGCCAGACAGGAUGGUUUGAGUAUCUUUGAAACCGCUGACCUUCUGGCAGCAGACUCUAGACUUUACAGAGAAUUGUGCAAAAAACAUUCACAUGCACACUACACCUGAUAACCUGUGGAUAUUAAGUUGUUCUCUGUCAGCUGUGUGACAAUACCCCAGGCUCUAAACAUCACCCCAUCGCCAACAUUUUGUGUUUUCAUUGGCUGGAGAUAUUUACAUGUGAGGUGCUGAGUAUGAUGACUAGAGGAAGAGUCUUACUGGGAAGCACAUGCUUAGUGGUGGCCUUUCCGUUUCUCCUCUACUGCAACUAUGAAUUCUGAAUGGACACCCAACCCUCCAUUGCACAAACAAGUCCAUGAAACAGGAACAGGGCAAACGCACAGGUUAAUAAUUGAUAUCGUUAGCCGUUGGACGCACGCAAGAGGGAAUUUGAAAGCGGAUUCAACAGAAGAUGCAGGUCUUCCAAGACGCAGAUUAAAACAAACUUUCUUUUUCUUUUAAGUAUCAAGUGUUUUUUGUGAACUUUUUUGCACCUUUGUAGAAAGUGAGGUAGUUAUAUAAAGAUUUCAAGCUACAUGAUACUGUUUAUGCCCUGUCCACCUGUCUGACUAGAUCUCACAUGCCCUAAGUACACAGUCGGUGGAACUGUACAAUAUAUUGAAGUGAUGUAGAAACAGAAAAGCAAACACCAGCAACAUAAAACAGCAGUAACAAGAGCUGAGAUCAACAAGCAUAUAUGAAGUUCAUCCCAUCUGAGCAGUGACAUACACAUGCAUUUUAAAAACAUUUAUUACAUUCUGUUUCAUAUCAUACUUGCUGUAUGUUUUUCAUAGAGUUGUGCAGAGCAGGCAGUGAAUUCAACAAUUUAUAUAUCAUCAGAUUUAAACUAGAUUGAAAAGAAGCGGAUCACUGCUGGUACAUGUUGGGGUUCAUUAUUCAUUGUAAGAGUUUUGUAUUCAAUAAAGUUUAUACAGAGGAAACACAAGAGAAAUUUGGGCCACAGGCAAGUUUGGAAAUAAACCCUAAAAAGUAUAUGCACCCCCUCCAUGUUGCACUAUAGCCAAGGAGAUCAGGGCCCUAUUUCACAUACGUUGCUUGAACAAUCUAGGAUAAUUUGAUGAGUCUAGUGUCAAAUUGUCUGAUUAAUUAAAUUCGGUCUUACUCUAUUUCAUAAAAGUGAACUACGAUUUGAUUAGUGAAUCUAGUAUUGAAUAAUGUCAGAUAACUACGGGCAUCCGCUCUGCUAUAGCUAAAGGGAAGAUAAAUCGCAUGCCAAAAACCGGAUCAUUCAAGGGAAUGCGGGGCUCUCUUCACGUCAGAUGAUGAUGAAAGCCCACAAAGCUCCAAAAAGUUUUUUCUCUUGGGCGCACAAGAUGGAAAACAUAAUAAUAUUUUUUUAUUCGGGGGCUCGGUACCAAGCAAUAUAUUAUGAACUCUGAUAAACUAACCCAUGUUGUCUUUUACUCGCAAAACGAACAUAGCCUGUAUUUGCAGAUUAAUUAAAUCCAUAAUAAAACUGAUUUACUAGUUUUCUAAUAAUGACAGCACAAUGAAACAUUAAAUUCUAUAUUUUGCGCUGGGAAGAUUAAAAAAAAAGUUUCAGUUUCAGUAGCAUUAUCGAAAAAGCAAGUAAAUCUAAGCGGAAAUAAGUAUUGGCAAGAGCGUGUAAAAAUGUGCCUUUGUUAGAGCUAAAUACAGUAUCGGCAGGGUUCACGUCGCUUUGUAAUGUGCACAUCAUUGCUGGAGGUAAAUUAUUCUCUCAUGAUUAAAUCGGAUCCGCUCGUAAAGAUAGUCUUAAACCCUUGAGGUUCUGAGAAAACACUUACCCUUCUAAAUACUUACUGUUCUUACAAAGCUGCUUCGUUCUAUGAACCUCGCUUACAAAAGCCGCGCUCAUUUCUGCUGCCUGAGUGUGAUUUCAUCAGGUGGUUUACGUACAUUGGCUACGUAGCCUACAUUUUAUCCGCCUAACUUAACCUUAAACCAUGGGUUUUGCUAAUUUGUGCUCAAGACACUGCUGUCCCAGCAACAAGAUAGUCUAAAUUGUGAAAUCCCUUCAUGAAACCGAAGGACUUGACUUUAUCCCAAAACAUCAACAAUUACCGAGUUAACAACGUAUAUGAAAUAGGGCCCAGGUUUAGUUAAAUGUAGAUUACUGGUAGAUUUGUUUUGCAUGCAUCUUGCAGGCAUCUGGAGAUGUAUGGAUGUCUGUAUAAAAUGCGUAUUUAAAAUACAUUGAAUAUUGUAAAUACUCAGAUUGUGUUUCCUUCGGGUGAUGUGCAUUUCUAUUUGGGAUUGUUUCAUGUAUUUCUUUUUUUUUGCAAUGGGAUAUGGUAUAGCCUCAGCAAUGUCUUUACUACUUACAGUAACAAGUUAAUUCAUCAUGGCUUUGCUUAAAAUAUAAAAUAGACCCAAACAAUUUCAUUGAUCCAUCUUUGUAGGCAGUGCCAGCUCAAGAAAUAAUGACAAUAUUUCUAUAUUUGUUCACCAGUGGUUGUAGAUUUUUAUUUUGAUGAAAGUAGUGUUGGCAACUGAGGAUAUAUUUGAGAAAUAUAUAUAUAUUGGGAAAAGUGGAAUAUCUCCUUUCAGACAGGCAAAGUUUGGAAACCCACAGUAGAAUGAAAACCUAUGAGGCCAUUGAGCCGGCCUGCCCAUGUAUUUUGCAAACCUGAGGUAGAAUAAGUUUUUGUAAGCACAUCAAAAUACUCCCUGUGGGCGAAGCAGAAUAGCGAUUAGUGAGAAAAGGAGCAUCAAAAUGUUUUUGGAUAUACUAUCUUCAGAAGUCUGAACACAUUUCAGGCUCAUCUUGUUACCUAAUGAAUGGUUGCAGUUGCUGAUUUCACUGCAUCGAGAAUCUUACUGCAGAGAUCAUGGACAAUGGAAUCUAUUCAGAUGAGCCAUGUACUGUCGGGCUACAAUAACUAACCUUUGUGCUAUUUUCAAUACGGCAUUAAUACUUGUUUAGGUGGUGUCCCAGUGGCUCAUAAUCCUGAUAACAUUGCUUUGUGUGAAGAAUGGUGAAAGAAAAUAAAUGUUUCAUAAUUGUUGAUUGUAUUAUUGUAGCAAGUUACAUUUUAAGGUUUCUCAACACAACUACUCGUCUGUAGACACCAUUUUCCCUCAAUUCGGAACCACUAAAUUCAUGUAAAUAACAAAAAAUUGUAUUUGACUAUGUCACACAAGUUGAAAGUGCAAAUUUAGGUUUAACCUGUGCCUCUCUCAUCUCAGUGACAAAUAAACCGAACACAACCAUCCCUGAUUUU